AUGUCUGCCUCACCGGCGCCUCCGCAACAGUACAUUGUUGCAGAUGAUGAUGAUGUUAAUGACGAAGAUAUACCUGGCUUUACGCAGCCGAGUGUUCACGGAGGCCAGCUUCCUCCCACACCGGGGGCCAGGGCGCCCUUGGAACCUGUUAUCCUGACACCUAACCCUGCGCUCUCUGGUAAUAUUGGAUCGUCAAGUGGGACAAGUACAGAAGGGCAAUCAAACAUUACCCGCCAGCAAUAUGGUGGCGUUAGAUUGGAAACCAGGUACACAGGUGCUGACACCUUGGACGAACCGGUAACAGCUACAAUUGCACGCGAUCUAUUAUCGAUCUAUAGUAAGCUACUCCAGGUGUUGUACCCCCGGAGGGCUGGUGCUGGUAGAGAAGUCCUAAGAGAUUGGGACCUCUGGGGGCCCUUGGUAUUGUGCUUGGCCCUUGGUAUCUUACUGAGUAUUAAUGCACCACCUACGCAAUCACUUGGCGUCUUCACAGGAGUGGUCGUCAUUGUCUCGAUAGGGUCGCUUGUAGUUACCCUGAAUGCGAAAUUACUGGGUGGUAGAGUUUCAUUAUUCCAGUCUCUAUGCGUACUGGGCUACUGCAUUUUCCCGUUGGUACUCGCUGCUAUCAUUUCGACUUUUGUUCGGGUGCUGUAUGUCCGGGCACCUAUUGCCUUGGCCGCAUGGGCGUGGUGUGUUUGGGCUGCUGUAAACUUUCUGGAUGGCACAAAACUUGAACAGCAACGGGUAUUGCUUGCGGUUUAUCCCUUGUUGUGA